AUGACUGACUUGGGUUUUGGCUCCAUCAAAUCAGCACAGGACGCAGGCUUGGGAGGUGGCUCUGUCACAUACGCACAGGACACAGGCCUUGGUGAUGAUUCUGUCAUGUGGGCACAGGACGCAGCCCAGGGUGAUGGCUCUGUCAUGUGGAUUUACAACUACGCAGAGCAAACCAUGUCCCACCUGCCUCAGGUCCAGAGUACGGGAGUUACCAGUCACCUCAACUCCACUUCUGUCGACCCCUAUGACAGACACCUACUGCAGAACUCUGGCGCUGCCGCCACCUCGGCUGCUAUGGCUGCUGCCGCUGCCACCUCUUCCUCCUACUACGGAAGGGACAGAAGCCCGCUGCGUCGUGCUGCAGCUGUGCUCCCCACAGUUGGAGAGGGCUACGGUUAUGGGCCAGACAGCGAGCUGUCUCAGGCUUCAGCAGCUGCACGGAAUUCUCUGUAUGACAUGGCCCGGUAUGAGCGGGAGCAGUAUGUGGACCGAGCACGGUACUCAGCCUUUUAAAAACUGGAGGUAGGAUAAUUGCGGACUGAACCCUCGGGCUGCGGUCAUAUAUGAGAACUUGCUCCGCGUGGUCCCCUUUGCCGGGAUGUUUCCAUUGCUUCAUGUUUCAGUAAACAAAGGAGUU